UCUGUAAAAAUGCUUUUUUUUCUCCGUCUGUUCAGCUGAUCCAAAAAUUAGUCGUGUUUUCAGUUCUUUCAUUUGAGUGUUGUAGUUUUUUUUAAAAAAUAGAAAAUAGUCUCGAUAAAAACGAGACAAUCUGAUUGUGUUCUAGCGAUGAAGCCAUUAUUUUAGUAAACGUUAAUUAAACAAAGAGAGUUUAUUGUGUUUUGUGGCGUUGCAAAUAAUAAAGAUGAAAUUUUAAUUUGAAAAAUGAAGUGCAAUUUCGAUAUUAUAAUUGAAAAAGAGAUUUUUAUACAAAGAUAAUAACGCGAAAAUAAGGCGAUGGAUGAUGAGGAGGCGGACUUGCGUGAGCAGAUAUUCCACAAUAAUGUUAGGGAGCAGAUAAUAUUUCUUCUGCUUUUUAUACUCCUGUAUCUAUUAUCGUUUAUUCUCAUCGAGAAGUUCCGUCGUCGUGACAGUGAGGAUUAUUUUACGGCUGAUGAAGAUGAAGUUAAGGUUUAUAGAAUCAGCUUGUGGCUUUGUACCUUCUCACUGGCCGUAUCUCUAGGUUCUGCACUCCUGCUGCCAGUAUCAAUAGUCAGCAAUGAAGUGCUCAUACUGUACCCAAACAGCUAUUAUGUUAAGUGGCUCAAUAGCUCACUCAUUCAAGGGCUAUGGAAUCAUGUGUUCUUAUUUUCAAAUUUGUCAUUGUUUGUGUUCCUGCCAUUUGCAUAUCUUUUUUCUGAGUCCACUGGAUUCCCAGGCUGUAGAGGUCUGAAGGGCCGUGUAUAUGAGACCUUUAUUGUGUUGGCUCUAUUAGGAGUGGCUAUGCUGGGCUUGGCAUAUGUUAUCUCAGCUUGGCUGGAAGGUGACAGAUCUAGUUUGGAUGCAUUAUUGAAUCUAUGGACAUAUCUACCGUUUCUCUACUCCUGUGUGUCGUUUGUUGGUGUCCUCAUGUUACUUGUGUUCACUCCGUUGGGCUUCGUCCGUCUUUUUGGUGUGGUGGGUGGAGUGCUCGUGAAGCCGCAGUUCCUGAGGGACCUCAACGAGGAAUACUACGUGUACUCAUUUGAAGAAGAUACCAUAAGACGUAGAAUUAACAAUGCGGUAAACACAGGAGUGGGCUACAUAUCACCUGAGCCGAUGUACCCUGAUCGCGGAGACAUAUCCGCUCCUGUUACUCCUGAUGUCUCGAAGGACGGAAUUUCAGUUAACAAGGAGACGCCGUUAUUGAGACUCAGUAAUGGCGCCCUACAAGCCGGCCUGAACCAGAGGCUCAGACAGGUCGUCGCUAUGAGGAAGGAAGUAGAGAGUCAACGGAAGACGUCAUCGUUCCAGCGUAACGUGGUGUAUCCCCUGGCUAUGCUGCUGUUGCUGGCGUUGACCACCAUCACCGUCCUCAUGGUGCUGCAGAAUACACUCGAGCUGCUCAUCGGCAUUAAGGCACUGCCGCUCAGUACCCGGCAAUUCACAUUGGGCAUCGCGUCUCUAUCUAAAUUGGGUUGGGCGGGCGCUUCGUUGGAGGCUGGUUUGAUCCUGUACUUGCACGCGGCCUCCUUGACCGGCCUGGGUACGCCGUUGCGUGCUCUGCGCGUGCUGCCUAGAGCACGACGCACGCCGCUCGCACGAAUCAUCGCGCUAUGUACCGUGCUGCUCGCGCACUCCACGGCUCAACCCCUACUGGUUAAGAUACUCGGUAUAACAAAUUUCGAUCUGCUGGGAGAGUUCGGUCGUAUAGAGUGGCUCGGUAACUUCAAACUGGUGCUCCUCUACAACGCUAUCUUCGCGGCCACUGUGACUCUAUGUCUGGUCAGCAAGUUCACAGCGAGCGUGAGAAGAGAACUAUAUAACAGAUUUAAAUGGGUGGCCAAUAUGUUCAGUGUGCCAGAAGAAGUGCAGAGUGGGAAUAUUACAAAAACGAAUAAACGAGUAAGUACGGAACGCUCGUUCAACAUUGAGAAGACUGAAUCACUAGAUCCAUCACAUUUGAAAACAGAGUAGCACUUUUUUAUGGAAUAUUACACUUAAAAAAUAUGAAAAUAAUAAUAAUAGAAUCUGUCACUGUAUUAAUAUUUAUCGAUUAAAAUGUUAAUUGAUGUCACAGAUAAUAAAAAUUUUCAUUUCAUGUUUGUGAUAAAUAUAAAUGUAAUUAUUUUGCCGACGUUGCGUUUAGACUGCUAGACAUUUUUGUAAUGUUAAGAAUGUAUUAAUUAGUUUGUCUAUAUUAAAUGUAUUUAAAAUUAAUUUCAGUAUACUCUUUUUGAACAAUCUCAGGAAUUAUUUUUAAUUUAAUAAUUGAGUUAUAACAGGUAUUUUUUUUAUGUCAAAUAUUUUUUAUUUUCUUGCCUGUUUAAAUAAAAUUCGGUAGUCUUGGUUUUUUUAAUUAAUUGAGUAAUGUUCUUCACAUAUUUAAGUUCCGUUUAAAUAUAUAUUUCUUUAUUUUCUUCUAUUAUUAUAACUAUAAAAUCUUAAGAAGAUAUUGAAUGUGUUCCUCUAGUUUGUAAGUAUUUUUUUUAUUUACACUCAUUAAUUAUUUAUAACAGUAGUAAAGGCAGAUAUUUUUUGUGUAUAUAGUACUAUUUUUUAUAAAUUAUUUAUUAUAAGAAAGUAAAAAGGGAUUUCCUUAUAAAUAAAAUAUGAUAUAAUAUGAUAAAUUUAUAGGUGUUUCAAUGACUUGUUAAUUCCAAAUAAAAUUAUGAUAUAAUUAUUUUUUAAAAUUUGAAUGUGACCUUUUGCCAUUGAAAUCCUUGUUUAAGAAUUUCUGAUUUCAUACAAUCAUCUGAUGGAUAAAAUCUCCUUCCGUCAUUUAUUUUAUUAAAAAACUAUAGUCAUAAUCACUUUCAAGAGGGGAUGAAUUAAAUAAAACAUUACAUUACUGUAAA